CCUUCCUCAAUCCUCUCCCCCGGUAGAUGGCAGCUUCGCUGGACCCGCAGACAACUUGGGAGCAAGGCAGGAGACCGGAGGGAAGAGGGAGGGAGGGCGAGGGAAGCGCUCAGACUCCUGGCUACUCCGCUCCGCUGUCUCAGCCCCUUCGCUCCGAAUCCGCUUGCUCUGUCCACACGGCAGCGGGAGCCUUGGACACCCUCUGCCUGACCGCUUCUACGGAAGAGCCCUGGCCAGCCCGCCCAAGGUGCCUGCCGCCAUGCAGCACUACGGAGUGAACGGCUACUCUCUUCACGCCAUGAAUUCCCUGAGCGCCAUGUACAACCUUCACCAGCAGGCGGCGCAGCAAGCCCAGCACGCCCCCGACUACCGGCCCUCGGUGCAUGCCCUCACGCUGGCGGAGAGGCUGGCUGACAUCAUUUUGGAGGCCCGUUAUGGAUCCCAGCAUCGCAAACAAAGGAGAAGCCGCACAGCCUUUACCGCCCAACAGCUGGAAGCCCUGGAGAAGACAUUCCAGAAGACUCACUAUCCAGAUGUGGUCAUGCGGGAACGACUGGCCAUGUGCACCAACCUACCAGAAGCCAGAGUACAGGUUUGGUUUAAGAACAGAAGAGCCAAAUUCCGGAAGAAACAGCGCAGCCUCCAGAAGGAGCAGCUGCAGAAGCAGAAGGACUCUGAAGGGAACCACAGCGAGGGGAAGACGGAAGCGCUUGCGCUGGAAAGCCAGACUCCCACCCCGGAUGUAGAGAAGCCUCCGAGCCAGCCGAGUGAGGUGAGCACGGAGCUCACGCUCACCUUGUCAGAGCAGUCAGCCGGCGAGUCCGCGGCAGAGGACCAGACGGACAGAGAGGAGGAGUUUAAGAACUCCUUGGAGGAAGCCAAAGCAGACAAAGGCUCCAGCACUGAGAACAAGGCUCUGAACUGCAAGAGGGCAAGUCCAAAAGCAGAGUCUCCCAUCAGUGCCACGGUGACACCUUCCUCCAGCAGCGGCAUGCCUCCGACUCACUCCUACUCCUCUUCGCCUCUGAGCCUCUUCCGUCUGCAGGAGCAGUUCCGCCAGCACAUGGCCGCCACUAACAACUUGGUCCAUUACUCCUCCUUUGAAAUGGGGACCCCGUCCACCAUGCCCUACUUGGGCAUGAACGUCAACAUGGCCCCCCUCAGCUCUCUCCACUGCCAGUCGUAUUACCAGUCGCUCUCCCACGCCCAGCAGGUCUGGUCUUCGCCCAUCUUGCAGGCUUCUAGCUCCCUGCCGACGCUGAACAGUAAAACGACGAGUAUCGAGAAUCUAAGGCUCCGGGCAAAGCAGCACGCUGCCUCCCUUGGACUUGACACCUUACCAAACUGAUCGCCCGGCAGCAGGGAAAACCCCACCCUACUGUCGGCCUCAAGGGAAGGCACCCAGCUAAACGGAAAAUGCACAGCUCUGGUCUCCACAUGGAUCAAGGUGCUCCCUUUCGGGGGAAACUUAACUCCUUUACUUCUCCUGUAGCUCCAUUUUCACAUCAGAUACAGCUACUGCCCUACUUCCAUGGUAACAUUUAAAAAGGAAAGGAAGAGGGUGUGUACUUAGAUUUAAAACAAACAAAAAAAAACUAUCCUGAGGACUGAGGAGUUAAACCUGUCAUGUUCGGAAAGAUCCCUCUUUCGUUGAUACUGUGAUAGAGUGCCAACUGUGUUUUGUUUUGUUCUUUGGAAAACCUCAUUCCCACGCCACCUCCAGUUUCAUACUGUGUACAGAUUCCAUUGUUGAAAGCAUCCUUCAACUUUGUGUGUUGCUGUCAGUGUUGCCUUAUGCAGAAAUGUGGAGCAUUUUGCUUUGCUUCCUCCCCUUCCCCCACGUAUUUCAGAUUUAGAUGUAUAGUAACUAGAAGCAAAAUUACAAUCCAAAAAAAAAAAACUUGCCAGUUCUGAGUCGCACUUCUUUGACUGGCGUUCUAAACAAGGCUCACAAGAGCAAUUGAAAGAAACGUUUCUGAAUGCCAUUAGCAUAUCUUCUCCAGGUCUCCAUUAACACAGAUUUUGUAAAUGCCAGGAAAUGAUGUAAAGGCUUAUUUCCUGUUAAAGCACUUCCUGUGGGGUAGGAACGUUUUAAAAGCACUUCUUCAAAGAUAGAGGACAAAGAAUUUGCCACCCUGCACUGCUGGUUAGAAAGUGAGGAAAAAUGAGAGCACUAGAUUUUGUCAAAUUCGUAAGACUUUUUUUUAAUUGAGGUUGCUGCGUCUUUGUUCUUCACUGAAGUGUAUACUCUGCUAUUUAUAAAUGAUGUGUAAAAAAGCAUUUUGGUCUAACUUGGACAACAAAGAACAAUAAAAAGUUGGUAUGAACUCCUGCUGCGUUCAUACGCCACUUGCAUUAUAUGGCGGUUCAUCAAAACCGUGAUUAGUUCAAGCUGUGUUUAGGAAAAUUGUCUCCAUGCCAAAUUCUGUCCUCAGACCACAAACGCUGGGGGCUCCCCGAUUUGUCUCAGAAACUGACUAACGAGAGAAAGAUAGGCUAGAGGUGGGGCUAAACAAAUACCCAUAUCUGAACGCUCCUGAUUUUUGGAGAUGACUAAAAUCCAAACCGCGAUCUGGAUCUCAGUUUUGCAAAUGGCCAUUCCUCUUGAUGGAAAGCCAAAGCAAAAUGCCAGAUCCAGCCAUCCGCCAGCCCGGUGGGAUGUUAUACAUUUUUUAUUCAAAUCUUUAUGAGCCUGAUCCUUAGCUGAUACUGUUAAUAGAGCUAUGCUAGUUUACCCCAGCUAAAAUCUGGCCUGUAUGAGAUUAGUGUAUGUUUAUCUACAUAUAACAAGAAUAUCUGUUGAGCUAAAAGCAUUCAUUGACUUCUAUUUUGCCUAGCCCCGUCCCAUGACCAAUGCAAUUACGCGAGUACAGAAGAUAAUGUCCAAUGUACUUUUCUAAAUGUGGGGAAAAUAAUACAACCCACUCUACUGCAACAGUCAAAAGCUGCUCUGCGAAAAGUCUCUCUCAAUGAGUUACCAGUGGUGACUAGAACUGAUUGGGAAACUUCUCUUCACUGUCUUUCAAAAAUUUCAGACAAUUUUUUUUUUCACCGGGGGAGGUGAGCUACGGAAGACACAUUUUCACCAAAAAUGGAAAGAAGCGUGCGUAAACUUCAGACAAACGUUCCGAUGGGAAAUGUUCAUUCAGCUCAAGUGAUUGACAGAAUAAUGUAUGUCAUCACCAACACGGCAAGAUGCAGCCCGAUAACGGGUGUUUUGUCUGAGAUCUUCCAAAUAAAACCAAACCAUAUGGGUACCCUUUCUUAGGCCUUCUGGAAAAUCCCACACUUUUUUUUCCUCUUUUUUUUUCCCCUCCUCCCUCCCUUCCCUUAUUUAUUCU